AACAAUAUAGAGAACCAUUACCAGACUCCAAACAAAUGUUGCAAACUGUUAGUAGAUAUAAGUACUAUAUAACAAUGGAUAUUAAAUCAGCAUACUGGCAACUAGUAAUGCAUGAAAACUCGAAGAAAUAUAUAGCGACAACCUUCACAGAAUAUGGAACAUACUGUUGGCAUACAUUACCAUUUGGAAUAAGCACAGCACCAGCAUACUUGAUAAGAGCAAUGAACAAAAUAUUAGGACAUUUAGACUAUGUAGUAAUCUACAUGGAUGACUUUGUAAUUUUAUUGAACGAUAAAUCUGAGGCUCAAAUAAAAUUAACAGAGACUAUCAUAUGGAAAAAUUGGGAAAAUGUUUUGAAAAUUAAAGAAGUAGAUAAAUUUACUACUCCAAAAAACAAAACAGAAUUACAAAGAUUCUUAGGAUUUAUGAAUUAUUUUAGAUCCUUUAUUUUAGACUUUGCAAGAGUGGCAACACCAUUAUAUGGGUUAGUAGGAACAGCUGAAUUUAACUGGACUGACGAUUGUCAAAAAGCAAUGGAAGAACUCAAACAAUGA